GAUGUAGACGAAAUUCAAUUUCAAGUCUAAGAAACCACCUCUACAAAAUUUUAUAAACUAAAACUAGAUGACAUCUACAAAUACCUAUAUUUAGGUACACUCAGUGUAUAAUAAACGCGCGGCUAGAAUAAGUCCAAAAAUGACCAAAGGGGGUGAUGCACAAGCGCUUUGACACUUUACCACAGUUAGACUAGGUAGACGGUAGCACAAAAGGAAGAAAACAGAAAACCCUUUGAGGGUGUUGCAUUGUAUAAGAAGAGGCUGUUUAGGAAAGUGUAAACCCUAUUUCUAUCUUUCUUCUUAAUCCAUUGAUGAAUCAGCAGUCAGCUGUAGAGCAGAACGAAGCAACUAGAACCACUAGUAUAAGCUAUAACUAGGUAGAGCCCUCCACCCAAGUUGCAAUUUGCAUGUGCUUAAGUGCUUAACCAAGUUGCAUCUUCUACUUAGAGUUAAUCUUAUAUAAGCUCCAAAUACCUGGUUUUUGUGGUUACAUUCAAGCUAAGAGAUCAACUAUUAUCAGACCCAACAAAUCUAUUUAGUUCGUACUAGCGAGUCUUGAGGCUCCAACCAUCAGCUUAAACUUUUAGUUGCUCGAGUUAGUAACUUUUUUUUUUGGUUAGUCUGUUCAUUUUUCUCCUUUUAAGGUGGAUCCAGAAAGCAGGCAUGGGAAGAGGGCGAUUCCAUCACUACAACAAGCAUCAAAAGAGAAAGAAGAAGAAGAAGAUCAUGAUGGAUUAGUUGCAAAAAUCUGUGAUGAACAACAUAAUAACUACUCCUACUAUCCUGCAAGUACUACCCAUGAAAUGGAUUGGGUAGAUCACAAAGAUACAAAGGUCAUGGUUUCAGCCCUUGCUCAGAUCAUGGAUACCUCCUCCACACACCAACCUCAACCUCAACCUCAGCCUCAGCCUCAGCCUCCAUCGUCGUUGUCGUUGUCGUCGUCGUCAUCCAUAACUCAUGAAGCUUAUGCUAAGACAUCACAAAAUCUUUACCCUUCUCAACAGUUGCAAGAUCAAGCACCUGGUGGAGGAAGUGGAAGAAAAAGGCAUUAUAGAGGAGUAAGACAAAGGCCAUGGGGGAAAUGGGCAGCAGAGAUCAGAGAUCCAAUAAAAGCAGCACGAGUUUGGUUGGGGACGUUUGAAACUGCAGAGGCAGCUGCAAUCGCAUACGAUGAAGCAGCCUUAAAGUUUAAAGGCACUAAAGCUAAGCUCAACUUCCCUGAGAGAGUCAUCUAUGGUCAUCCUCACUACUACUCGGCGAACCAAACUGCUACUACUGCUACUGCUACUACUGCUGCUACGACUAACAUGGCACGUACUACUCAUGGUCAUGGUCAUGGUCAUGGUCAUGGUCCUACUACUAAUACUAAUAAUACUACAACUAGUAAUAAUAUGUAUCCAGAUCUUGUGCAAUAUGCACAACUUCUUUCUAGCAAUGAUGUCAACUUCCCCUAUUUCAUGUCAAGCCUCUACCCACAAAGUACUUACAAUACUGCCGAUACUAGUAACUAUCAUUCUAUUUCGACAUCUCAGUCUACACCUUCAUCGACUUCUACAAAUCGAGUCGAGCUACCACAACCACCACCACAUUAUCAAGAGUGGAACUUUGAAAGGUUUUCCACCAGCAGCACAAACACUAGCACCAGCAGCAGUUCGCCUCAUUACUAUACUAGCUCCUUUAAAAGGCCUGGCUCUGAUGCUGAUAUUUAAGCACUAGUCCAACCAGCCUAAUUGGUGUACGAUCUUACGUGACUCCUUAAUUAUCCUAUAUGUAAGAUGUCCAACAUUCUAUAUUAUGCAACUUUUCAUCUCUUUAUUAUUUCCCCGUUUAGAAACAGUUGCACCAUUUGCAUAGUGUUUACUGUUCACAUCUUAUAUUUUGAUUGUCUUUGGUGAUUUAUAUUUUAUGAAAAAUAUAGUCAUAUAAUCUUGCUA